AUAAAGCUCCUGCCGAUUGGAAGUUGGCAAAUGCACCUUGUGAUUCUUCUCCCACCCGCACACUCCAUUACAAAUUCACAGAGAGAGAGAGAGAGAGAGAGAGAGAGAGAGAGAGAGAGAGAGAGAGAGAGAUUGUUUUACUUGGAUCAGAAGUGACUUCUCAACCACACCAGAACACUCCCCCACACAACUCCUCAUCACUGGGACACCCAUCUCCUUCCAGCAUUUCUUUCGUUUGAACAGUUCUCUCUUGUUUCUAUACCUUAGAUUCAUCCCAACAGUUGUGAGAGACGUCGGCAUAUUUUUCAGGGGUCCCGCACUCCAAACGCAUCAAAUCCCCUCGCUUGCUUCUCAUUCUUCCUUGUUCUCUCACACUUCGUCACCAUUCCACUCUGCUUGUCGGAGUUCGCUGCAAAAUUGUGCAGUCGAAGUGAAAUGCUGUGAUUCUUUGAGCUCUUUCAGGAUAGUAAAUAGUGCCUCUCUAAUGUCUAUGGACUCCAGAACUCAUCUGGACUAUGUCCUGUUUCAGCUCACUCCUACAAGAACCAGGUGUGAUCUGGUGAUUUAUGCCGGUAAGGUGAAUGAGAAGUUGGCAUCGGGAUUACUUGAACCAUUCCUUUCGCAUCUUAAAUCCGCGAAAGAUCAGAUAUCUAAAGGUGGCUACUCCAUCACUCUAAGAUCAGAUGCUUCCUGGUUCACUAAAGCCACUCUGGAGAGCUUUGUAAGGUUUGUUACCACCCCUGAAGUUCUAGAGAGAUUUGUCACAUUAGAGAGGGAGAUUGCCCAGAUACAAGAAUCAAUCCAAUCCAAUGAAGCUCAGAACAUUGAUAUGGCAAUGGAAGGAAAUGCAUCAGUUUCUGAGGGAAAUUUCACAAAGUCAUCCAUGUCCUAUAAGUCCAAAGCUAAAUAUGAUGGAGCUGAUGAUGCCGUCACUGCCUUGGAAGAAAAUUCCAAGGUCCAUCUUCAGCGAGUUCUGGAGACUCGAAAGGCAGUGCUUCGGAAGGAGCAAGCAAUGGCUUAUGCUCGUGCUCUGGUUGCUGGGUUUGAAUUGGAGCAUAUAGAUAAUCUUAUAUAUUUUGCCGAUGCCUUUGGAGCUUUGCGUUUGAGGGAGGCAUGCAUAAAUUUCAUGCAUUUAUGCAAGGAAAAGAAUGAAGAUAGGCUUUGGAUGGAUGAGAUAGCAGCAAUGCAGGCACUAUCCAGGCCAGAUUUGCCUUACUUGGCAACUUCUGGAAUCGUUCUUGCCGGCGAGGAGAACGGCCCUGGUAGCGUUCAGGAUAAUGGUCCAUUUAGUGGGAAAACCAAUGGCCACACAGAAUUCAAUGUUACAGAGUCGAGUGCAGAUACUAGGUUGCCGACGACAGCACCAAUGCCAUUCCCGGAUGGAAUGGGGCAAGUUCCAAUGCCAUGGCACAAUCACAUUUCACAGUAUAUGCAAAAUUUUCAAGGUCCUUUCUUCCCACAGAUGCAUCCGUUUCCCAGUUACCUCUACCCUGGAAUGCAGGUUCCCCCUUCAUAUUACCAGGGAAAUAAAAGCUGGCCUCCAAAUGAAGACUCCAGUAUUUUCUCUGGUAAAGAUACAGAUGACCGGGCCCGUAAGUCAUCGUCAAGAAAUAAAAAGAAACAUUCACAUGAAAAUAUAUCUGAAGAUGAAUCCAGCGAAGCCAGUGACACUGGCAGUGAGAGAGAAUUGGACGGACAUCACAGUGGCAAAAAGUACUCUUCGACAGAUCAGCUGCCAAGGAAAGGACACGGAAAGAAGUCUUCGAAGAAAGUCGUCAUUCGCAACAUUAACUACAUUACUUCCGAGAGAGAUGGUAGAAGGAGUGACAUAUCGGAAAGUAGUUCAUCUAAUGAGGAUGAAUUUGUUAGUGAGGAGUCCCUCAGGCAGCAGGUGGAAAAGGCCGUUGGAUCAUUACAAAGAAGAAACAGUUCAGCAUCACGUCGUCACAAGAAACGAGAUUCGAUGCACCACCUCAACACGAAUGAACUGAACGAUGCAGAUCAUGGAAAGAAUAAGAGUGAAGAGGCAAAUAACUCUGAGGGAGAGAGAAGAUACGAGAGCUGGGGUGCUUUUCAGAACAUCUUGAUGGAGAGCAGGGAAGCUGCUGUUUCAGGUUUGGAAACACAAGCAGCACAGAUUCAUGAGGAAGACCUAGCAAGUAAGAAAUCUUUGAAGGGGACAUCAUUUACAUAUGAACUGGAAUCAGGAAGCACAAGACGACAAUUUGUUGCCGCCGAUCCCUUUGUAAUUACUGAGAAGAAUCAUGUAGCUGAGGGUACGACUCACUUUGAGGAAUUUGAAGCUGGUGAGAGUGUCCGGACAGUUGUGAACAGAAGGGACAGCCCAUAUGAGGAUUUACUAUAUGCUAAGAAGGCUGAAGAGUCAGGGAGUUAUCUCAAUCAAUCACUACCGGAGUCAUCUGCCCUGUCCUCUAUCAAGAAAAUUCACGAGGAAGGAGAUUGGUUUAUCGGCAAUCAACAGAAUGGGGCGAUAAAUCAGCAAGAUAGCAUUGACCUCAAGAUGGUUGAAAUUGAGUCUGCUUCAUCAUUUGGUGCAGAGUGUUUGCACACUGAGAUAAAGAAGAGGGAUGUCCUAAUUGACGACUCUUUCAUGAUUGAAGGUCGACCAGUAGUCAAUGAUCAAUCUGAGUCUAGGCUGAUGAUGGAUAUAAACAUGGUUCCUGACACUAUCAAUGCUAAGAACAGCACACCUGAAAUUUCACAGGAGAAAUUUUGUGAACCAGAUGACCUUUACAUGGUUCUCAAUCAUGAUCCUGUUGCAGAGCAGGCUGUAGCAUUGUGGACACCAGAACUGGAUUAUGGAAGUCAUAGCUCGUUGGCAGAGAUCAUCCAAAAGCACACCGAGAAUGAGUUGAAUGAUUCCGGUGAAAAUGAACCAUCAUCCAAUUUUACAAAGAAUAAAAAUGCAGAAGCAAGGUCCAGGCUUAUAAAUGGUUCUCUCGCGAAGAAUAGGCUUGAUACAAUUGCAAAGGGCCGGCCAACUCCUGGAAGCAGGACAGCUGCUUCAAAGAGCAAAGCUGUGAAGGAAGAAGAAAGUAGGAAGAGAAAGGAGGAGUUACUUGCUCAGCGUCAGAAGAGAAUUGCUGAGAGAAGUGCCAACCGUGGAUCUACACCAGUUGCUUCUAAGAAGAGUUCGAUCGAGACUAAAGCAACCACCACACCUACCCAGCCAAGUAAGAUCCGAAGUCAAUCUACCCGGUCCCAAUCUCAGGAGACUCCAAAGUCAAACAAGCCAGUCCUCAGGAAUUCCACCAUAGAGCGUCUUGCGGCUGCGCGAGCAACUCAAGAGGUUCAACCUGUGAAUUCAAAACCAAGUCAACCCAUCAAAGCCUCCUCGAAGAUAAAUAAGUCAACUCCGGCUGCCUUGUCAAAGAAACCCGCUCCUCCUGAAACUAAGAAAGCAGGUCUAAAGAAACCUGAACAUUUAAACAAAAAAAAUACUGUGAAAAGUUCAAAUGGACAACUUCUGCCCAAUUCCGACACCCAACAGAAGAAGGAAACUGCAGAAGCCAGAACGGGGUCAUUGGAGUUAGUGGAAGCCGAAACGGCUCAACCUGCUCCAGCGGAUGAUGAUUUUAAGGACAUUCAGGUCGAAAACAGCAGAGAAAAAUCAGUUUCUCCUAAAGGCGCAUCGGAUGAUAGAAGUGAUAAUGGGAAUGUGGACAGCAAUAACCUGUCGGUGCCUCCUGAGCCCGACUCUGCAAAACCAAAUCAUUUCAAAAGUGAUCAUGGGCUUUCUUAUGUAUCAUCUCCAGUUCCUGGCGAAGACAUAACUGUACCUGAAGUGACUCUCCACCCCUUUCAUUCUCCAUCUAUCGCAAGAUCAUUGGACAGCUCUACUAACUAUACUGGCUCUGAAGCUGAUGAUUCCACAGUGUCCGAAAAGGCUCCAGUUUCUCACACCCCUCGGGUACAUUUCGCAACCCCUCCGCGUAUUAAUGAGUUCACCCCCGAACCGGUACACUCGAGGAAGAAAUGGAGUAGUGAUGAGCAUUCUCCUAAAGCUGCCAAAGGGUUCAGAAAGCUUCUAUUCUUCGGACGAAAAAAAGCUUGAACUCCCCAAAACCUUUUGUGCACGGUCAAGCUUACACAUUUAGUACUGCAAUUCAAGGUACAUGACAUGUCAUAUUGGAUUGUAAAUUCUUGUGUGAUCAUUAUUAGUCGUUGCAGGGUGGUGAUUUUGGGAUUCAAAGUUAGAUAAUUCGCAUGCAUAAUAAGGUUGUGGCUGUUGUCCAGUUGCUUCGGAGACGAGGAUUGCACAUUGUAAUUUAUACACGUACGAUAUCCUUACUCAGCGAGGGAUGUGAGUGGCUUAUUUGCGCGUGGUGAUAUACAGUGAGAAGUUGUUUUAUUGUCUUGUUUGUAAGUUGUGUUCUGAAACGGGGAUGAAAGAAAAGAAGAAAAAAGUAUGUAUUCAUUCUUUUAUGACUUGUAAUAAUUAUGUGGUGAAAUGCAUUUUGGGUUCUCUUUCAAGUAAA